AUACUGGUCACUGGAAGUUCAGGAUGGCAUCUCACGGGAAAGAACUAUGGGGGAAAUUUUUUUACUGUUGCUCGGGAUACAUACACUGUAUGUGACGCCUUCACGGUGAAGGUGAGGUUAUUUUUCUGCAAAUAGCAACUUCUUUUUUUCACUUCUCCUUUGGUCGUGUUUGCGCUGCGAUCAACAAGACUGAAAAGCCGACGUUGCUGCUCAGUUGGGCUGCUUGUGAAAUACAUUUUAAAGGACUGAAUGCAGAACCAACCCGAGUGAUGCAAGCCGUACUGUGCGUGCGUGUGUGGAGGGCUGGGCUUUAUUCUCUUUUAAAAAAAAAAAAAACAUUUUUGGGGGUUUGUUUUCAACAAGCUACCACAAAGAGCAAAUAAUAACAUCCACCAAAAGCUGAACUUGGUCACUGAAGAUGACCACACGGGAAUUAAUUCUCAUUUUUCUUCUUCAAUUUGAAGCCAUUAGCGGCCAGCACACGUACGUCUAUGCCAGGGCCGGGGAUGUGGCCGUUCUGCCUUGCAAGCGGUCCUCCUGCUCCGGCUUGUCCUGGUUGUACAGUUGGGACGAGAAAUCUUUGGUACAUGAGGUGGUGAACGGCCGAGUGCUGACCAGCUCAGCCAGAAGUCAACGCCUCAGCGUGAAGGACUGCUCGCUGCUCAUUGACCGGGUGAAGGCACAGGACACCGGUUACUAUGCAUGUGAACAAAGUGGAGGGUCAACACUCACAGUUUUGCUGACGGUGAUGACAUUGACAUCAUCGUCUCCUCGGGAUUCUGAUUCAACGGGAGAGGGUCACGUGAUCCUGAAGUGUUCCUUGGCCUGCUGGCCAGGUAUGAGGUGUUCUUGCAAGCAGGGGAGGCUCCGCUGGAUGGACGAGGAAGGCCAGGAGCUUUCCCCGCAAGGCACCCAGCAGAACAACUGCUUGUCCUCCUUCAAAGUACUUCCUGCUGGCCGUAACAGGAAUUACACGUGCCAAUACGUGGCCGAAGAUGGCGUGAAGGUCCAGGCCCAUUACACAGCUGUCUUCAAAGAGGUCAACACAAGAGGUCCUGGAGGUCCGCCGCCCGGUCGCACCCGGCUCAUCAAUAUCAUUCGGGUGGCCGUCGCCGUCUCGUUGGUGAUCGUCUUCGUUUUGGCCGUCGUCCACAUCAAGACGAAGUUGAGAAGAAACACAGCCCAGGAUACGACUAGAUCGUGAGGCACAGCUCCCGUAUACAGAGGGAAGAGGCCGAGUUUUACAACACUUCUUAGACAGUGGAGUGUUCAAGAGCGUUAAUAGAUUUGUUCUCAGGCUAUACACUUUAAAUUGCGCAGUGGCGGGGAGUGGCGUGUGCGCAGUGUGUGAUCGCAGAGGGCGACACUCCCCGCUCCCCGUGGACGAAUGGAUUUACCAUGUGCAGUUGACGCUCACUUAGUAUUUGGACCAGUUUUGAACGGUAACAUUUUUCCAUCAGCACCCCCUGCAUCUGAUAAUGACUUUGCCCAACAUGGUGCCCCCCUUAUAUUGAUGAUUAUUCUCUUUAAUUCUUAUUCCACAAACGCAAUAUUCACCAGAAUAGCGUGUUUUGACCAGUGAUUAGCGCAUACAAUGAAUUCUUGCUUUGGAAAUUUUGGGGUUUAGUUCUCCUUUAAUGGUCAUGUUAAACAUUACCUACUUGUUUUCUUUUUAAAAUGUAUUUCGAUAUUAAUCAA